AUGUUUGUAGUGGAUGCUCUGUUGUGCUGCCCAGAUUCUGCUCCAGAGAGGAAGAGUUUAUUCUCCAAGCAGCUGGAAGCACUGCUAAUGGAAAGCUCUUUGUUGGCAGCCCCUACAGGGAUCGCCUUAGCUGAAGAGAGCCUUUUCCCCAAUGUCCACCCCAUUAAGAAUGACUUGCCUCCAGUGACUGAUCAAAGAGCCCAUCAUCCCAGAUCAGAACUUGCCAUGGAAUUGGCAGAGGCCUCUGUUGAGCCAGCCUGCCAGCUCAGCUUCUCCCUCGGUCCAAUCCUGCUUCCUUCCUAUGACUUCCCUUCUAGAGGUGUUGAUCUCAAUGCCCUCCCUAAUAAGCCCUCCGAUAUCCUAGUCAGGGUUGGGAGUCAGUUUACCAGGGAACACCAUCCAGCAACAAUGUUGCAGGAUGAACUGUUGCUCAGACUUUUAUAUAGGCCUUACCAUCACCAACCACUCCCCACAAGGGCCCAAAGGCACAUAACUCACCCAAGUAUCUUUAGGUUGCUCUGGUGUGAAGCAGCUGCUGGGAACUGUCUUGAUAAAAGGAAGACAGUGGAGGACUGCUGUAUGCUACCGUAUUACACAGCCCAAAGCAGCCCCGCAAUGGGCAUGUUUAACACCUCCAUGGGGAAGCUGCAGCGGCAACUGUACAAAGGCGAGUAUAGUAUAUUCAGGUAUGCACCCAUGUUUGAGAGCGACUUUAUCCAGAUCAGCAAAAGAGGAGAAGUGAUUGACGUGCACAACCGUGCCCGAAUGGUAACAGUGGGCAUCGUUCGCACCAGCCCCUGCCUCACACUACCUGAUGUCAUGCUGCUGGCCCGACCAGCUGCUGUCUGUGACAAUGCCAGGUGUGGUCCUGCCACCCAGAAAAGAGAUAGUCCACCUGCAGAGAUCUUAGAACUAACCAGGCUGCUUCCCUUGAUGUUUGUGAAAAUAACCAUCCACAACAGCAUAAAAAAACAGCUCCACCUGAAGCUUGCCACGGGCCGCUCUUUUUAUCUUCAGCUGUGUCCCCCAUCGGAUGCAAGUGAAGACCUUUUUGUUCACUGGGAAAACCUUGUUUACAUCCUGAGACCACCAGUGGAGGCUUACAGUGGUACCAGGGCUAUCAUAGCUGGGAACACAUUGGACUCAUCUGUGUUUGAGGAAGUGCAGGGGAGCCCAGUGGGAUAUGCCAUGAAGUUCUGUGAAGAGAAGGAGCAAUUCAGAAUCAGUAGACUUCACAUGAAUGCUGAAAUGUUUGGGUCCACCUAUUAUGAUUAUACAAUAGAGAUAUGAAUCCAACAUACCUCCCACAUAUACUACAUUCAAGAGUUCACACACCCCUGCAGUCAUAAAACCUAUAGUGCCUGAUGAAGGGGCAGGGUAGCAACAGCAGUAGUGAUGACAGUAAGCACCAUCACAGGUACCAUGGAUGUGGCUGCAACCAAGUCUGCAGACUCAGGAGAGAAACACAGCACUGGCAAAAGCAGCCUUCAGAGGUCCAGGAGGAAGUAUAGCCAGCAUGGCUAUUAGUGGGUGCUUCCAUGUCUUAAUCUUGUUAUAGCAAGGGCUGCAUGCACAUUCUUGUCCUAAAAGGGUACUUCAAGCAUAUCAGUAACUGCUACUGGCCUCUCCCUAGAGAGCAGCAUGAAUGUGGUGGCUACAGGAGCAGAGAGAUACUGAGAAGGCUGUUGCAUUGACAGUAUCUCUCUGCUACUCAAAGACUGACUCUCUGCUACUCAGCAUUGGGAGUCAGUAUCUCAACUCUGCAGGAUGAGGCCACAUGCGUGAAUGGGAUGGAAGCCAGAGGGUCUCUACCUAGCUGGAUUGACUCUGCAGUAAUAACCUCAAAGCCCGGUACUACACAUGGUGCAGAGGUGGACAUCUCACCUAAGACUGUAGAGGGGAACAAUGUGAUUCACCAUAAUAAAAUCCAUCAACUCAAAUUAUCUGCUCUAAUAACAUAUGCUCUAUUGACAGGAAGGGUAGCAAUAAAACUAAUGGCAAUUUA